UAAGUCUUAAGUCUUGUCAAACUGUUUUAUUAUUAUUAUUAUUUGUUUCAGUUACCCAUUACAAUGGCGUAUUCAAAUCCGUCUUUGUCAUAAAAUAUCUUUCAAAGUCAGGUGUUUUUUAAGAACCAAAAAGUCGUAUCACCUAGUUGACGUCGAAGCAGGCUACAGGCUACUACUAGUACUAUUACUAAGAAGGUACCCAUUAGAAUGGUGUAUUCGAAUCCGUUUUUGUCAUAAAAUAUAUUUCAAAGUCAGGUGGUUUUUAAGAACCAAAAGUCAUAUCUCCUAGUUGACGUCGAAUAAGGCUACAGGCUAAUAGUACUAUGUACCCGUUACAAUGGUGUAUUCGAAUCCGUCUUUGUCAUAAAAUAUAUUUCAAAGUCAGGUGGUUUUUAAGAACCAAAAGUCAUAUCUCCUAGUUGACGUCGAAUAAGGCUACAGGCUAAUAGUAUUAUGUACCCAUUAAAAUGGCGUAUUCGAAUCCGUCUUUGUCAAGGGGGAAACGUAUGCUUCAGAUCUCCUUAAAUUCGAAUACAUCGAAAGCUAAGACUCAGGAAGUACAUGUGCUACCUACUUAUAAACUGUUUAAAAAUGAGAAAGUUUCCACAACAAAUUUAAAAUAUUCCAGUAGUGAAGAUAGCCACGAUUCACGUAAAGAUUCCGAUUUUUUACCAGAACGUAAGAAAUCUCGUUUAUAUUCCGAUAAAAAUGUCCUUAAAUUAAGACAUAAUUUUUCUAUUAAUCAAGGCCGCCUGAAUGCUAUAGUAAUACCGGCAUCGGAACAUAAAGCUAUACCUGAAAGUCCCUCUAAAUAUAUUCUAUCGGACUCCUGCAAGUCGAUUCCAUCUGGCACAUCUAAUCAAGCAUCUAGUCGGAGAUUUACUAUAAAUAAUGGAAGGCUUAAUGACAUUUCAAAACCCUCUACAGACCCCUUAGAAAUAUGUAGCUGUGAUCAUGAGUUAGAUUGGCUGUCUUCUUAUCUGGCCCCAGCACCACGUGCAGUUACUAACACGUACCUUGCUCCAACACCACCUCGUGCAACCAGUACUUACCUUGUUUCAACAUCAUUUCCAGGCCCAAGUACUUACCAGGACCCAGUGCCACCAAAUGAAACCAGUACUUACCUCGCCCCAGCACCACCUCCAAUAACUAAUAAUUACUUCGCUCCAGAACCAUCACCACUACUCAGUAUUCAUCCCGCUCCGGCAACACCUCAAGUAAAUGGUACUUACAUACCUUUAGCACCUCCCCCAGUAACCAGUACUUACAUUCCUUUACCAUCUCUAAUAACCAGUACUCACAUCCCUUCAGCACCACCUCUGGUAAACAGUACUUACCUCGCCCAAGCACCACCUAUAGUAACCAAUACUUACAUUCCUUCAGCAUCACCUCUGGUAACCAAUACUUACUUCGCUCAAGCACCACCACUAGUAACCGGUACUUAUAUUCCUUCAGCAUCACCUUCGGCAUCUAGUACUUACCUCGCUCAGGCACAUGCUCUAGUAACCGGCACUUACAACCCUCCAGCAUCACCUUCGGUAACUAGUACUUACCUCGCUCAAGCACAACCUCUAGUAACCAGUACUUACACCCCCCUAGCAUCACUUCCAGUAACUAGUUCUUACCUCGCCCAAGCACAACCUCUAGUAACCAGUACUUAUGUAAAUUCAACACCAUCUUCAGUAACCAGUUCUUACCUCGCUCACGCACCACCUUCAGUAACCAACAUUUACCUCGCUCCAACAUCAACAAAAAGAACUUACCUUGAUUUCGAUUCGCAGACAAAUUCUAGCCUCGUUUCGUCAUCGUUGGGGAGUACAGUCCUUGCUUCCACACACGCUACAAAUAUUUACAAUGCUUCAGCAUCAACACAGUCUAAUCAUCUGUUGACAGUUACAGGAUUGCCAUCGUCAGACAUUUCAGCCACAGUCGAGUCGGUCGCAAUUUCAAUUGAAGAAAACAAAGCAAUAGAAUCCGCUGAAGAAUCAAUAUCAGCUGAUAUACUAAAAAGAGCUAAAAAGGGGUCCUCUGAUCCAGCAGUUUGGCUUAAGAACAACAACCAACAAUUACGCAUGCAUGGUAAACCAUACAUGGGUUUAGUUCAUAAUGAUGGACAUUACAAAUAUGCUGCUAAGAGAUCAGGAAAAACACUUAAACCAUCGUCCUGCACAUCAAAGUGUAAAGCUCCAAAUCCUAACAAAUUCUGUUCAAAAUUUACAGAGGAUGACAGACGUAGUCUAUUUGAAGCAUUCUGGAAGAUGAGUUGGGACCAAAAAGAGGUAUACAUAGUAAAUCUUGUAAAGAAAUGUAAUGUCAGAGAUAGAACCGUAUGCGAAACGGAAGAAAAGACAUACAGAAAGCAAACUACUUACCAUUACCACUUAAUUAAAAACAAUGACAGGUUACAGGUCUGCAAGAAUAUGUUUUUAUCGACGUUUGCUCUCGGAGAAAAAAUGGUGUACAGAUGGGUCGACCGUUCCAAAAAUGGUACAACACCUGGCUCGACCGAAAAGAGAAAAAAAUCCAAGAAUAGAGAAUCGUCUACAUAUUUAACCGCUAGACAAUUUCUAGACUCUUUACCUAAAUUGCCGUCCCAUUACUGCCGAUCAUCGUCAGACAAGAUGUACUUAGAACCAGUCUUCACAACAUUUAUGUCCUUGUAUAAGGAAUUUGCGAGCUACUGCCAACGCGAAGACCAUCCGGUUACAAAUCGAAAGAGCUUUCGGCAGGCAUUUGAAGAUAUGAACCUGUCUAUCUUUACUCCGAAGAAAGAUCAAUGUGAUUUAUGCUGCUCAUUUGAAACCAAAAAUAUAUCUGAGGAGGUGUAUGCAGAACACAUACAACGUAAGAAUGAUGCAAGAGAGGAGAAGAUAAAGGACAAGGAAUCGAUAGAUGCAAGUACCGCAGUGAUAACGAUAGAUUUGCAGGCUGUUUUAUUGUGCCCCUCAUUAAAUGCUAGUUCGUUAUAUUAUAAAACCAAAUUGGCAUGCCAUAACUUUACAAUUUUUGAUUUGGGUACCAAAAACACUGUUUGCUAUUUUUGGCACGAAGGAGAGGGAGAUUUGUCCGCCAAUUCAUUUGCAUCUUGUUUAUGCGAUUAUGUUAUUAAUUAUUUACCAUCUAAUGUCAAAACCCUGAUUAUUUAUUCAGAUGGGUGUACUUAUCAAAAUAGAAAUUGUAUAUUGGCAAAUUCACUAUUAAAGCUAUCUUUUGAUAGGGAUAUUAUUAUAAUUCAAAAGAUACUAGAACGUGGACACACCCAAAUGGAGUGUGAUAGUGUUCACAGUACGUUUGAAAGACAACUGCGCAAUAAACCGAUUUAUACACCAUCUGACUAUGUACGAAUUUUACAAUCAGCUAGGGCAUGUCCGUAUGAGGUUAGAUAUCUGUCACACGAUUUCUUCAAAGAGUAUUCAUCUUUAAGGUAUUAUACAUCCAUUCGCCCUGGAAUUCGUACGGGAGAUCCGGUAGUAACAAAUUUGAGAGUUUUGAAGUAUCUCCCUAGGGGGGAAAUAUUAUACAAAUUAAAUUAUAAAGACGAGUAUCGGUUUCUACCAAGAAAAUCCAAACUUAGUAGCCCAUCACAAAACGACGAAGUUGAACGAUUAUUUCAAGAACCUCUUAAGAUAAAAUGUAGCAAAUAUCAACAUCUUCAGGAAUUGAAAACGGUAAUUCCAAGAGAUUAUCACGCAUUUUAUGAUCGAUUGAGUCAUGAUUAGAAGUAGAAGCUUUGCUUGAAAAUUAUAAAAUUGUUCAUUUGUCUAUGAAGUGUUUAUUACAAUUGUUAAUUAAAUGUAUUAUCCAAGAGAUUAUGACACAUUUUUGAUUAAUUAAGUCAUGAUUGGAACUAGAAGCUUUGCUUUAGAAUUAUAAAAUUGUUCAUUUGUUUAUGAAGUGUUUAUUACAAUUGUUAAUUACAUGUAUUAUCCAAGCGAUAUCCAAGUCAUGAUUAGAACUAGGAGCUUUGCUUGAAAAUUAUAAAAUUGUUCAUUUGUUUAUGAAGUGUUUAUUACAAUUGUUAAUUAAAUGUAUUAUCCAAGAGAUUAUCACGCAUUUAUUAUCGAGUCAUGAUUAGAAGU